AUGGGGUCCUCUAAUUUUGCUAUCCAGCUUAUUGAUGAGGCCAAGGAAUUCAAUCCUAGUGUGCGAGACUUUUUCAACAAGUGCGUUGAAAGUCGCAAUGUGGGAAUGGACUAUCAUGUAAUUUCGGUCUUUGGUUCCCAGUCCAGCGGAAAGUCAACACUUUUGAACGCUUUGUUCGAGACCCAGUUUGAUACUAUGAACGCGAAGGAAAAACGCCAACAAACAACAAAAGGAAUUUGGCUGGGACACACCAAUGACGUUGCCGUUGCAGUUGAUAAAAGAGAACGUACUAAGGAUCUUUUCGUCUUGGACGUGGAAGGUUCUGAUGGCGCAGAGCGUGGUGAAGACCAGGAUUUUGAACGCAAAGCUGCGCUUUUUGCAAUUGCGGUAUCUGAAAUCCUGAUAGUGAACAUGUGGGAACAACAAGUGGGACUCUACCAGGGUAAUAACAUGGCUUUGCUGAAAACCGUUUUCGAAGUCAAUCUGUCACUUUUCGGUCCCAAAUCUGACCACAAAGUUUUGUUACUCUUUGUAAUUAGGGAUCAUGUUGGUGUCACCCCGCUUGAGAGUCUCCAACAAACGUUGGAGACUGAACUGAACGAUAUUUGGGCCGGUUUGACAAAACCUGAUGGCUGUGCAGAAAGUUCUCUCCACGAUUUUUUCGAUCUUAAGUUCACAACGCUUGCUCAUAAAGUCCUACAACCUGACGUUUUCGCGGAAAACGUUGGGACCCUGGGAACUCGAUUCCAGGACCUUGAGAAUCCCGAACACAGUUAUUUCAAACCAAAAUACCACCACAACUUACCUCUGGAUGGCUGGACGCUUUACGCAGGCAACUGCUGGAAUCAAAUUGAGACAAACAAAGAUUUGGAUUUGCCCACGCAACAAAUUUUGGUAGCUAAAUUCAAAACAGAAGAAAUCGCACAGCAGGCCUUUGUGGCGUUUUCUGAUAACUACCCAACAGAAAUUUUCAAGGCCAAUGAACUUGAACAGCUUGUUGAAAGUUUACAUGGCCUAAAGUCCCAAUGCAUUGAAGAAUAUGACACUUAUGCAUCGCGAUACGCCAAGCCAGUUUACAUGCAAACCAGAGGUGGCUUAACGAACGAUGUUGAGACCAAGCUCAAAGAAACGAUAUCCAAAUUUCUUUUGAGUCUCACCGAAAGUCUGGUAACAAAUUUCGAAAAGGAUAUUGCAGCAAGGCCCAAAAAUGUGCCAUUCAGCGAGAGAGCUAAACAGGUGCGCUCAGAAAUUGAGAAAAGGUUUCAAUCUGCUACAAAUGAACUUGUAGAACGUGGACUGGUAUCUACUCUACAGGAUGAAGAACAGCUCUUCACUUCAACUUUGGAGCAGGCGAGUGCAGCUCAAAGCCAGAAGGAGUUGAAACAAAUUUUAUUCCGCUUGAACAAACUUAUCACAGCUGGUAUCAAGGAAGAUAUCAUUUUUCUCUUGACCCACCCGGAAAAAGACUUGUGGGAUCGGGUUAUCGAGAGCUUUGAAUCUAUUAUAGCAAAAGCAGUUCGGUCAUUUGCCUGUGAAGACAAAACUUUCGAUUUUCAAGUCGGCCUGUUGCCUGAGGAAAACGCAACAGUCUACAGGCAGAUUCGGUCAAACGCAUGGGCCACUCUUCAUGAAAUUAUAAACGACUACCUCACUGAGGACAACGUCGUAUCGAUAUUGAGGGACCGUUUUGAGAAUAAGUUCAGGUUCGAUGAAAACGAUUCUCCUCGGUUGUGGAAACAUGAGGAAGAAAUAGACACCGUUUACAGAGUCGCCAAGGAGUACGCAACAGAUGUAUUGGACGUGUUGUCGCUUGCAGCAACGUCGAACCACGUGGAGAUCAUACCCGAUGUUCCCCUCAAACCUCUGAAUGAGCUUGUUGAAGACGUGGACCUUGAAAUGGAGUUUACAGACGAAUCGGGUAUUUACCAUCAAAAGAGUUUCGCUCAUAUCCUGACUGCACCUCAGAAGGAGAAAAUACUUAAGGGUUUCAAACGCCAGAUCAACACAGCGGUCAUCGAGGCCAAGAGAUCGAUUAUACGCACAACAACGCAUAUUCCAAUUUACGUAUACGCUCUCAUUGCGGUACUGGGAUGGAACGAGUUCCUCAUUGUUAUCAGAAAUCCACUAUUUGUGACUCUUCUACUCAUCUUUGCCGUCGCGUUCUAUUUUGUUCACAAGCUGAAUCUGUGGAAUCCGCUCUUGACUCUUGCCAACUCGGUUGUCAGCGAAACCAAAACUCUAGCGAAGGAAAAGAUAAAAGGUUUCUUGGAUGAGAAACCUACUGCUGCUGCGGCUCAGUAUUCAGUCCCAAAUGGUCCCGGGCAUCAAAAAAUGAAGGUCCCAGCGGAGGAGUUCGAACUGCAAGAUUUGCCAAAAGAAUCAUCAUUGAAUGACAAUGACGAGGACUAG